AUGAUCCAACUAAAGACGAUGCUUAAUUGCAUCGACAACUCGGGGGCCGCCGUUGUCGAAUGCGUGAACGUCCUGAAGAAGAAGACUCCGGCGAGGGUCGGUGACCGGAUUGUCGUCGUCGUUCAGAAGCAGCGGAACUUUGGCCCCGAGAACUCCACCAACAGCGGUAUCGCCAACAAGGUCCGUCGGGGAGACAUCCGUCAUGCGGUGGUCGUUCGAGCCAAGAAGGAAAUCCAAAGGCCGGACGGCAGCGUCGUCAAGUUCGACGACAACGCCUGCGUUCUGGUCAACAAGUCGGGAGACCCCAUCGGAACGAGACUAAACGGUCAGUCUACAUCCGCCGUCGGCUUGUGCUUGAAACAUGGUACUAACUCCUGCUGUAGGAGUCGUCGGCGCAGAAUUACGGGGAAAGCAGUGGUCCAAGAUUCUGUCUCUGGCACCCAUGCACGUGUAAAAUAG